AUGGUGUUCAGAUCGCCGCUCGACUUUUUCUCAGCCUCCCGCAUCCUCCUUCCACACUUCGCCGAUGGGCCCCCUGUUCUGGCACGCUCACGGUCCCCGGAGGACCCUCCAUCCGCAUGUCCUCCCCUGGCUCUCCCGGGGCUGUGUUUCUCAGCGGCGCAGAUCGCCAGCGUCUGCGAGACCCUGGAGGAGACCGGGGACAUCGAGCGGCUGGCCCGCUUCCUCUGGUCUCUCCCGGUGUCCGCAGACGGUCGAGAUUCCAUCUCUGAGCACGAGUCCGUGCAGCGCGCUCGCGCCGUGGUGGCCUACCACACGGGGAGUUUCCGCGAGCUUUAUCACAUCCUGGAGACGCACCGCUUUACGCGCGCCUCGCACGGCAAACUGCAGGCGAUGUGGCUCGAAGCUCACUACCGGGAGGCGGAGAAGCUCCGGGGGCGACCGCUCGGACCUGUUGACAAGUACCGCGUGAGGAAGAAGUUCCCCCUGCCGAGGACAAUCUGGGACGGCGAGCAGAAGACGCACUGCUUCAAAGAGCGCACGCGGGGGCUGCUGAGAGAGUGGUACCUGCAGGACCCGUACCCGAAUCCCGGGAAGAAGCGGGAGCUGGCGCACGCAACCGGACUCACGCCGACUCAGGUUGGGAACUGGUUCAAAAAUCGGAGACAGAGAGACCGGGCGGCAGCAGCUAAAAACAGGUUGCAACACCACCGGAUGUGUCCAGGCGGUGCUCGGUCAUUCAGCGGAGGAGAGUGCAGUCCAGACGAAAGCGGGGAGCGCGCCGAUGGAGAAACUCUUCUCUCAGUAACAGACAGUGACUCUGACUUGGAUGUUUGA